UUCCGGUGCGGAAGCGGACACGCCAGCCAGCAUGGCGGCGGCGGCGGCGAGCACAGACAGCCCCGGGCCGGCCGCGCUGGAGGCGGAGCAGCGCGUGCGGGCCUGGGCAGAGGCGCAGAGGGAGCGCGGGCGGCGCGUGGCGCUGGUGACGUCGGGCGGGACCCAGGUGCCGCUGGAGGCACGCGCCGUGCGCUUUCUGGAGAACUUCAGCAGCGGGCGGCGCGGGGCGGCCUCGGCCGAGCGCCUCGUGCGCGCCGGAUACGGCGUCUGCUUCCUGCACCGCGCGCGCUCCGCCUUCCCCUGGGCGCGCGCGCUCCCGCCUCCGGGUCCCGCUCUCCUGGACGCGCUGCGCGUGCAGCCGGGGCCGAGCGUUGCUGCUGACCCAGAGGCGCUGCCGGGGCUCGUGCCCGCGCUGCUCGGGUACCAGCGCGCCAAGGAGGCAGGCGCGCUCUUGCCGCUCGAGUUCACCAGCCUCAGCGAGUACUUGGCGCUGCUGCGGGCCGCCGCCAGGGCCCUGGCGCCCUUCGGCUCCAGCGUGAUGUUCUACCUGGCAGCAGCCGUGUCAGAUUUCUACAUCCCAGCAUCAGAGAUGCCUGAGCACAAGAUCCAGUCCUCUGAGGGUCCCCUGCAGAUCACAAUGAAGAUGGUGCCAAAAAUGCUGUCUCCUCUAGUCAAAGAAUGGGCUCCUGAAGCAUUUGUUAUUUCCUUUAAGUUAGAAACUGAUCCCUCCAUCUUAAUUGAUAAAUCACGGAAGGCUCUGGAGACAUAUCGUCAUCAGGUGGUGAUAGCAAAUGUCCUUGAUUCACGGAGAACAUCUGUUCUUCUUGUAACGAAAGACUCGGAAACUAAGUUAUCACUUUCUAAUGAAGAAAUAGCACAAGGUGUGGAAAUAGAGGAGAAGAUAGUGAGCCAUCUUCAGUCUCAACACACUGCAUUUAUAGAUAAACAACACUCUGAAAGGAAAGGACCAGCUUGUUCUAGCUCUGAAUGAUCAGAAACAAAUUGAACUUUGUGAGGCUGUGAGUGGAACUGGAGGAAAUCUCAUUGCAGUAAAUGGAGGAAAACACUAUCUGAGGCAUUGUGUAUGAGGUAAAAAGUGUGAACAUCCAACAUAGUUUGGCUCAUACAUGACUUCAUAAGUUAUUUGCUGCUUAUGUAAAAAAAACAACCCCAAAACACUGAAAUGAAAACAUUCCCCUAAGGAUGGUAUUGUGCGAGUUUGUAGAGAGGAGAGGGAUGUGUUUCCCUAAUCCUUUCCUUGUGUGGGGGUGGGGAAGCAAGGGAUAGAUGUGUGCAUGUUACAGUUUCUGCUUCUUCAAAACUCCAUGUAGCAGCCCAUUUUGAAGUCCCAGAAGGGUGGGCAGAGGCCAUCAGAAAAAAAUUCCUUCCCCCACCCCCUUAAAUGGGAGAGGGGUCACAGAGGCAGGGGACAACAAAUGAUUAAAUAGGAAGGUGGGGGAUUCAAUCAAAGAUGUAAAAUGGGAACCAUAUGGGGACAUUGAGCAGAGAACUCUGGACAGUACCCAUAGCGCCACAAAGGAGGUGAAGAAGUCAGAGAAACUCUUUCUGGAUGUGAGACAGUAUCGGAACAGAAGUAGUCCCUGUAAUUGCAGUGAACCUCCCUGUCAAGCUACUUCUUCCUGGUUUGGUAAAUGACCAUUUUGGCCAGUAACAGAAGGAGGUUGAUGAGGAGGUCUUGUGAUUUUAUGGAGCCACAGAUAGGAAGUCCUUAGAGGAGUAGAUGUUGAGGGAAAGUACAGCUAGAACCUCAUCAGAAGGUUCUGGAGGAUGUGAAAGGGAGCUGUUACCUGGCACAGUGGAGUUAAGUGUGUGGCAAGGUCUCCCUCUCUGUAGAAGGGGCAGGCAUCAGGGAUGUCCAUGAACCACGCCUGUGCUCACAGCCGCCAACUAAUAUCCCUGGUGGGCAAAGAAACCAAGGUGGAAUAAAAGCUGGCUAAUGGGUUCGUCACUCUUGCAAAAUGGUAUAAUCAUCUGCCAUAUGGUGCCAGUAUGUAACACAAAGUCAAAGAAAUGCAUGCUGUGGAGCAUGUAGAGAUUGACACCAAUCAGAGCCAGCCCACAGGCAUCAUACCUGCUGCGAGGACUCACUCCUUACUUUCAAUUCUGCUUUCAUGUACUGUAUUGCUAUGUCCACAUUGAAACACAUUCCUUAAUUACUGUUCUAACAUACUGUGAGGAGAGGUGGUAACUGCAGUUAGCUGUACCUCUCUGGGCAAGGAAGUUAAUUUAAAUUAUGUUGAAACAGACUCACUGGUGGUUUUUUUAAAGGAAAUUGAAUGUGACCCUGAGGUUGAGAGUUCAACUACUAAUAGAGAAAUUCAGAAUUCCUCA